AUGGAUGAGGAGUACGACGUGAUCGUGCUGGGGACGGGGCUCAAGGAGUGCAUCCUCAGUGGCAUCCUCUCCGUCGAUGGCCUCAAGGUUCUUCACAUGGACAGGAAUGACUACUACGGUGGAGAAUCUACAUCCCUGAAUCUGGCCAAGAUCUGGAAGAGAUUCAAAGGCAGCGACACCACUCCUGACCAUCUGGGUGUCAGCAAGGAGUACAACGUCGACAUGGUGCCCAAGUUCAUGAUGGCCAACGGUGCAUUGGUACGUGUCUUGAUCCGCACCAGCGUGACAAAGUAUCUGAACUUCAAGGCCGUCGAUGGCAGCUUCGUCUACAACAACGGGAAGAUCCACAAAGUCCCUGCGACAGAUGUUGAAGCCUUGAAAUCUAACCUAAUGGGAUUGUUUGAAAAGCGCCGCGCUAGGAAGUUCUUCAUUUACGUUCAGGACUACGAAGAGGAUGACGCGAAGUCACACGAAGGCCUAAAUCUGCACAAAGUCACGACGAGGGAACUCAUCUCCAAAUAUGGACUGGAGGAUGACACGAUUGACUUUAUUGGUCAUGCAUUGGCACUUCACCGCGAUGACAGCUAUCUCGAUGAGCCCGCAAUUGACACUGUCAAGAGAAUGAAGCUGUAUUCGGAAUCAUUGGCACGCUUCCAAGGUGGAUCACCUUAUAUCUACCCCUUGUAUGGUCUAGGAGAGCUCCCUCAGGCAUUUGCUCGUCUGAGCGCUGUUUAUGGUGGCACAUACAUGCUUAACAAACCAGAAUGCAAGGUUGAGUUCGAUGAGAGUGGUAAAGCAUUUGGUGUGACAUCCGAAGGGGAGACGGCAAAAUGCAAAAAAGUUGUUUGUGACCCAUCAUACUUGCCUGACAAGGUGAAGAAGGUCGGAAGGGUGGCGCGUGCGAUAUGCAUAAUGAAGCAUCCCAUUCCUGACACCAAAGAUUCUCACUCCGUGCAGAUUAUCCUCCCAAAGAAACAGCUGAAGCGCAAAUCAGACAUGUACGUGUUCUGCUGCUCGUACGCUCACAACGUUGCACCGAAAGGCAAGUUCAUCGCCUUUGUGUCGACUGAAGCUGAGACCGACAAGCCUGAGAUCGAGCUGAAACCCGGGAUCGAUCUGCUCGGCCCCGUGGAGGAGACGUUCUUCGACAUGUACGAUCGAUACGAGCCUGUUAAUGCUGCUGAGGAGGACAACUGUUUCUUGACAACUAGCUACGACGCGACCACCCAUUUUGAGACAACGGUGAAGGAUGUGCUCGCCUUGUACAGCAAGAUCACUGGAAAGGAACUUGAUCUUUCCGUGGAUCUGAAUGCUGCCAGUGCCGGUGAAAAUGAUGCCGCUUGA